UUUUUUUUCGUUCUAAAGUCUUGUUUUUGUUUUUUGUUUUCUUGUUCAUGAUUCGAGUGAAACCCAUGAGUUUAUGGAUUUAAUUUGAUCGUUUUCGGAGACAUUUGGCUUGGAAAUCUCAAUUGAUUAUUUGAUUUUUUGUAUAUGUUGUGGGUUUGUUUUUUCUUUUGAUCGGAUGAUGAUUUUUCGAUCGUUUAAAUGGGUAUUCUUUUGGCUUUUCUUCUCGUGCCAGAUUUCACCGCAUUCUUGAUUUGGUUAAGUGGGAAAGAUAGUUUUUGGCAAGACCCAGUUUUGCGUUUGAUUGGAGUUGGUUGGAUGGAAUUUCGAGACAGGAUUUUGCGUUGUUUUAGUAUUCUUAUAACUAUUUUGAUUUAUUUUAUUAAUGACUUAAGUGGGAAAGUAAUGAUUGGCAAAUAAGUUUUGAACUACGUGGAAAAUUGUGUUUUGUUUUUAAUUGGAAUUUUUUCUGGUUUCAUAUCUUGACUGAUUCGGUGCUUGAUAUAAGAGGAAUUGCAUUUGCCAGAAUUUUGUUCGGCACUUAUGCCAUAUUUUCUUUUUUUUGCAAUUUUUGUUCUAUUGGUUUGUACAUAGAUUUUGAUUGCUUCACGGUUGAUCUAAAUGGAAAUGGCUGUUUUCUGAAAACCCACUUCGAGUUUGUUCUGUUUAUGUUGAAUGUGCUCAAGUUCGUUGGAGAUUUGUUUGACUGAGGUACGGUGGAGGAACUAUGCGAAACUUUUUGGUCUGGGUUAUAUAUUUGCGUUUAGCUUUGUUGUCUCCAUUUUGUAUAAUGUUUUUAAAGCUGAAUCACUCUUUAUUUGGUGUUUGAAAAUAAUUUGUGUUUAGCUUUGUUGUUUCCAUUUUGUACAAUAUUUUAGCCGAAACACUCUUCAUGGGGUAUUUUACGUUUGAAAACAAAUAUCGUGUGUUAAUUUUCUCUUCUUGUUCUUGUUAAGGCAAAUGCAAUUUCCUAUCAAUUCUAAUACUGGUGAACUGCAAAGUUAGAAAUUUUUAUUUAUCUGCAAAGCACUGCUUCUCAUUUCCUGACUACUUUCAUUGUUUUUCAUGGGAAGAGAUUUAUUAAAAUUGUUUUACUGGGGAAUUCAAAUGAAAGGAUGGGACCUACUGAUGUUGUCAAAGCAAAGCUGUAGUAUAGAACUUCUGAAUGCCAGUUACAAUCUUUAGUCAUUAGAAUAAACGGCUAGUUUUAUGAUUUGGGAAAUGUUGUUAAUAGACAAGUUUUAUGAUGUGGAAAUUGUAGUAAUAAACGAUUAGUUUUAUAAUUUGGGAAUUGUAGUAUAGAAACACCCAGAUAGCACAGAGGCCCGCUAGUUGUAUAGUAGGAACCUGGCAAACUAAAUUCUACAAUUUAUCAGUGUGAUUUUUCUCCACUUUCAAAAGCCAGAAGAGUACUCUUGAAAUGCAAGUUAAAUAGGACUAAUGUGCUGUAAGCAUACAUCUAUGGAUCUCUUGCAAGUUGGAAAUAUAUUUGUUCUCACUUAUCUGGUCCAAGAUCUGUACAUACUGGAAAUCAACAAUGGCUUGGAAAUAUAUGGUUUUAUUUAGUGUCUAUGAGAUUCUUUCGUAACUAAGAUCCUUUAUAUUCCUGACGGAGCAAUAUCACCAUAGGUGAUUGAAGGAGGCACAAUUAAGGAGGCAAUUACAGUUCUGGAUCUUAAUCAUUGAGCUACAAAUAUCAUAGAUAUCUAUCAGCCAUGGCUCCUGGUAGCAGCGCUUGCAAAGAAGUUGUUGAGUCUUAUUCUACAGUUUCAGAUUAUGAAAUAGCAACAGCAGAGCUGGAGACUAUUAGUAAACCUACAAGAGCUACCAAUGGUUCUGGUGGACAGCAGGGGAUUUAUUCAACUAAUGGUGUGCAUGAACUGCUUGAGUGCCCCGUCUGCACAUGUUUGAUGUACCCUCCGAUUUACCAGUGUCCAAAUGGCCAUACUCUGUGUUCAAACUGCAAGAUAAGAGUGCACAAUUGUUGCCCAACUUGCCGCUACGAUCUUGGGAAUAUAAGGUGUUUGGCUCUGGAGAAGGUUGCUGAAUCGUUGGAGCUCCCAUGCACAUACCAGACUUUAGGUUGCACUGAUAUUUUCCCAUACUACAGCAAGCUUAAGCAUGAGCAACAUUGUCGAUUCCGUCCAUUCAGUUGCCCUUAUGCUGGAUCUGAGUGCUCUGUCACGGGUGACAUCCCAACUCUUGUUGCACAUCUCAAGGAUGAUCACAAGGUUGACAUGCAUGAUGGGUGUACCUUCAACCAUCGAUAUGUUAAAUCAAACCCACAUGAAGUUGAAAAUGCCACAUGGAUGUUGACUGUGUUCAACUGUUUUGGAAGACAAUUCUGUUUGCAUUUUGAGGCUUUCCAGCUUGGCAUGGCACCAGUAUACAUGGCCUUCUUGCGAUUCAUGGGCGAUGACAAUGAGGCAAAGAAAUUCAGCUAUAGUUUGGAAGUUGGUGCAAAUGGUCGUAAGCUCAUAUGGCAAGGAAUACCAAGAAGCAUUCGCGACAGCCAUAAGAAAGUUCGUGACAGUCAGGACGGACUCAUUAUUCAGAGGAAUAUGGCUCUAUACUUUUCUGGUGGGGAUAGGCAAGAGCUGAAGUUGAGGGUUACUGGCCGUAUAUGGAAAGAAGAAUAACAGCUAGAAAGAUUAUGAAUGUUUAGGUGAGUGUACAGUAAGACAUUGGGGUUGCUUCAUGUGGCAACUGGUGAAGCUUUAAUUAUUCUGAUUAGGUUUCCCUUUGUGUUUACAUGAUGUCUCUGUGAUUGGGGUGAAGGCUUGCUGCAUUUGUUAGAUUGCCUGCAGUCCACAUACUCCGGUUGCAAAGUAGUGUAAAAGAUCAAAGCAUACCAAAAGAUUCAUUUGGUAUUAUGAAUGUGUUUUAUAUUUUAUUGAUCUUC